AUGAAGGGAACCUUCUCAGUAGAGUGGCUCUCUCAGAGCAGCCAGGUCUCAGGCAGCCACCAGCCUGCUCUCCCUGUCUCCACUGCAGCCCCAAUGGUUCUGCAAACACCCAGCACCUCUGGAACCGUCCCAGAGAGUCUCCCAGGGUUCUACAGACAGCGCAGGCCGGUUCAUGGGGAACUUCAGGCGACUCUCACAGAGAACUGCACCGGUUCCACACACAACCAACAGAACCAAGAGAACAGAAUGAACCUCCAGCAGUGUGUUCAAGUAAUCAUUUGUGCCAUUAUUUACGUUAUUUCCUCAGACACAGGGUUCAACACAGAAGAGGAAGAAACCUCUGGUUAUGAGAGCGAAGGUGGGCAAUCGCUGUCCCCCAGCGCCCUGAACGACAUCACCCCUCUGGCAGUGUCACCCUCUAGUGGCCGGAGGCCCCGCACAGCCUUCACGGCAGAGCAAAUCAACAGCCUGGAGAAGGCCUUCAAAAGGAACGCCUACUUGGGAACACAGGACAAAGCUGAGCUCUGCAAGAGGCUCAAUCUCUCUGAUAAGCAGAUCAGGAACUGGUUCCAGAACCGACGCAUGAAGCUGAAGCGGACAGUGCAGGACGCGUUGGCACAUGCCUGCCAGGCCAAAGUGGCAUCUCACCUGAUGCAGUACCCCGAGCUACAGACCUACCGACCAGCACCUUACCCCAGUUACUAUGCCUCACAGGAGACCUCUUUGGCCUACAUGACUGCUGCAGGCCUCCACUACAACCCUUCAGUGACUGGACACCUCCACAGCUUGCCUGUUGACACUCUCUAUCAGUACAACGGAGUGUCAGGCCUGGCCAUAGCUCCUGGGAGCUCCAGAAGGAUGGUGCCAUACCAGUCGUACACCCAUCAGUAUUAGCCUGACUUGAGCUGGAAAUGGUCUAUAAACUAAAUGAUGUAACUGUGUAGGGACACAUACCUGUAGAUUCUGGGUGACUGCAGGUAGACAAAAAUCUGAAAACGUGCAUAUAGCCCCAAUCACAGGAAGUUACACCCCUGAUCUG